CUUCUGCGAGCUGGCCAAGGAGAAACGUGAGGGUGCUGAGCAUCUCCUGAAAAUGCAAAGCCAGCGCGGAGGCCGAGUGCUCUUCCAAGACGUGCAGAAACCUUCUGAAGAUGAGUGGGGUAAAACCCUGGACGCCAUGGAAGCUGCCCUGGCCCUGGAGAAGAACCUGAACAAAGCUCUUUUGGAUCUUCAUGCCUUGGGCUCUGCCAAGACAGACCCCCAUCUCUGUGAUUUCCUGGAGAACCACUUCCUGGAUGAGGAGGUGAAGCUCAUCAAGAAGAUAGGCAACCACCUCACUAAUGUCCACAGGCUGGCUGGCCCCCAGGCUGGGCUGGGCAGGUACCUCUUCGAAAGGCUCACCCUCAAACAUGACCAGGAGGCCCCGGAGCCCGGUGUCCUUUGAGGGGCUCCUGCUCACUUGGCAUCAGGGCUUUGGCCUAACCCUCUCCCUCCAGCCACUAGG